AAAACUAGUCUAGGAUUUGAGUCUCAUUCUCUUUGGUUAUUUCCACUCUAUACAACUUAGUCAGUGGUCAUUGCGCCCUAAAACCAAAACUACAUUGCCAUACCCUUAAUACCCUCUAGUUCACAAUUUGUUCCAUCCUUUUACCACCGUUACUCUUUCAUCAUAAAUUGGACACUCCUAUAUUUUCUUGUUUACUAGUACAAUCUAGAAAGAAAAAAAAAGAUAGGAAGAUGAAUACAUUUGGUUCAGAAUGCAGUAGUGGGUGUGAGUCUGGUUGGACUCUUUACCUGGAGCGCUCUUUCCUCAACCAGAAUGCUUCUUCACAUAGAGGUGCCACUGAGGAGGAACACAAAGACAAAAGGUUCAAACAUGAGGACUCAGGGGAGGAGGAUUUGUCCAUGCUUUCUGAUGCUUCUUCUGGACCUCCGCAUUUCCCACACUAUGAGGCUUACUUCAAUGAAGAGGUCAAUGGUAGCUUUUAUUCAGCUUCCAAGGCAGUGAAGCUGGCCAAGAAUGGUACAAAGAAGCAGAAAGUUAAAGAAAAUCAACAUCUUCCUUCUAUUCUUCAUGACACUGCUAGCUCUCCUUUUUUUGACUUUUCAACUAACAAUAUUACUGGGGGCAAGCAACAAACUUCCACAGGGAGUGUGCUAGAUUAUUCACAAGGCUUCUCUGCAACUUAUUUUGAGCAGGGAGGAUCCUCAUUCCAAGAACAACACUUUGGUUUCUUACAAUCAGAAAAUGAGCUUGAAGGCAACAACAGAUGGUAUGGAGGGAAAGGGAUGGGAAUAAGGUAAAGAUAUAUCAGUUCUGCUGAUGGAUGAAGAAGCAUGUCAUGGUGUAGAAGUAAUUUGGUAUUGAUAGGGACCUUGUACCUUUAUCUACUUUUCUCUUGUAGCUGUUGAUGCAGUGGGAAACAACCUGAAAAGACAAGUUAGAUUUUUUCA